AGAACUAAUGCAGGAAAAAUAACUAAAAAAAAACACGCUUGCGAUAUCAAAGAUGAAUCGAUCCACCGUGGUGAGGCUGCGGGUUGUUGCCGUGGUGGGGGUGCUUCUGCUAGCUUCUUGGGUUGCCUAUGGCGCCCCCCGCUUAUCGCAGAAGGCCCCUGCUGCUGCCUCUACAGCUGCGAAGAAAGGAGAGUCGCCCGCCUCUCCCCCUCCUCUGUUUGGCCCCCUCGUCACAAGAUUUGACUCGAUGGACUCCUACCAGCGCCACCUGUCCUUCAGCUCGAACCCUGUGGUGUUAUUUCUGUUUGACCACGACCCGCAGACCGUCCACAACCUCUGGCAGCCUCUGGUAACUCGCUUUUCGCAGGCGAUGGAAAAGUUUGGCAUCAACGUGGCGGACGUCGACCUCACCUCUGAAGUCGGUCUGGAGCUGCAGCAGGCCAUCGGCAGCGGCGCGGCUAUCCUUUUCUUUCAGGGCGUAGGCGACACCCCGGUGAACGGCGAAAAAGGAUUGAAGGUGCCCCUCGCUUACCAAGGGGCGGUUGAUCUGCUGAGUCUGGCGAAGUGGGCACUGUCGUGCGUUUCGCCGUCGGUGGUGCUGCGCGUGCGCAACGACGCUGACCUCGCGCGUUUCUUGGCUCUCUUCCCAAGAUACCCAACCCUCCCCCAUGUGCUCUUCUUUCCCUUGAAGAACUACACUCACGCAGGGUUUCUCACCAUCAGUCAGCACUUCUCACACGAUGCGGGCUUCGCCGUGGUGCCGGGUGCUUUUGUGAAGGAUGAGGCAACGGCCAUUGCGCGCCGCUACGGCGUGACGGGCGUGGAGGAGCUUCCCGCGUUGUUGGUGCUGCACAAAGCGUCCGCGGACGAGGACGACGGUGCCGGCGACUCCGACUACGCCGUGCGGAUGAACAGCACCAGCUCGUCGACGUGGAGCUACGCCGGAGUGAAGGCCUUUCUCGACGGGCAACUCCCCGAUACCAUCGAGGCGCUAGUCGCGAAGGCGGAGGCGACGCAAGACCCCAAAGUGCUGGCGGUCGCAGAGGCACGGCGUCAGUACAUGGCCGCGGCGCUCGUGGAGCGGCAACAGGACGUGGUGGAAGAGGAGCGGUUGGCAUUGCUGGUGGAGCCGAUCGUCGCGCGCGACCAGGCGGCCUGGGCGGAGCACUGUCUGCAGUUGCCGAAGGGACACAAGUGCCUCGCUGCGUUCGUCGACUCCACGCAAGACCCUGCUGCGCAGCGGCACGCCGUGCAGGUGCUCUCGAGCGUCUCCCUGAAGCUCAUGGAGCUGCUUGCGAUGGAGGCGCGUAGCGUAGCUCUAGUCGUGGUGGAGCGCGAGGGCAGCGAUGCCGUGCGAGAGUACUUUGAAGCAGGCCGGAAUGGAUUCCCCGACCUCGUGCUCAUCUCGCUGUCCCGUCCUGCCCGGUACUACAACUUUGUGGGGUCGUUUUCGGCGGAGAGCAUCGUGCAAUUUGUCACAUCACACGACCCGCGCUUCGCCAAGGAGGAGGUGCGGGGUGGGCAUGCGUUUAUCCCUCGUAUGGUGCCGCAGCUUGCGAGCCCCGUCGUGCACGACAGCGAGGACGACGGCGAUCUGUAG